ACGCCGGCCAUUACGGGAUUGGUCAAUCCACCCACCAACUCCGCCCCACGGCCGACUGCAAGGCAGGAGCGAUCCACUUCUUCGACGUCACCGUGUCCAACAAGGCCGGCCUCCCCGUCACCAUUCCCGCCGCGGUCUGCAUUUUCGAAGACGACGCAGGAGCCCUAAUGAAAAAAUAUAACCCGGUCGAUCGCCGCUCGUACGUGGUCCGAAAUCAGCGCCUCGUCGUCACCUUCACUUCCGGCUUAGGAAAUUACGACUACGAAUGGAAGUGGAUUUUCCAUCUCGAUGCAUCUAUAAAGAUGGAAGUCAAUCUCCAAGGAAUCGACAAUCCCACGUUCAUCUCCUCCCGCCAAGGCGGUGCGGGAACGCCUAUUUACGGCACCGUUCUGACACCAACGCCCGGAAUCCUGGCGCAGAAUCAUCAGCACUUUUUCACCGUUAGGAUCGACACGGAGAUCGAUGGAAAUUCAAAUACUGCCGCGGUUGUUGACGUAGUCUCAGCAGGUUUGGAAAUUCCCGAUAAAUCUUAACUUCCAACGCUUUUAAAAUUUUGAAAUUCCCUCUCCCCCAAGGCCCAACCGGAUCUGCGGAAAACCCUUACGGUAACGGUUUUCGUACAGUCUCCACUAUCCUUAAAACCCCCGCCCUCGCCAGAACCUGCGCUGAUUUCGAACGUUCCAGGACUUGGCACAUUUAUGGCAACUUAUCGAGGAAACACCCCUUUUCCCACACCCCCAUGGGUUAUCGUCUCAUCGCGGAAAACCCCAUCCGCCUCAUGAUGAACAAAGACAGUCCGAUCCACCCCAAAUGCGCCUUUGUAGAUCACACCGUCUUGGUAACGCCCUACCAGGAGGACCAACUCUACGCGGGAGGCGCUUACCUCAACAACUCCGGGCUGCCAGUCUGGGUCGCCAACGCGCCAGAUUCAAACCUCGUUGAGACUGACAUCGUUUUAUGGCACGUUUUCGGCCUCACGCAUAUCCCUCGUGUGGAAGAUUUUCCUGUCAUGUCGGCCGAGACCGUUUCAUUUUGGUUGAGACCGGUCAACUUUUUUCUGGAAAACCCAGCCCUGGAUGUCCCAUCGUUCCUUAAUAUUCAAUAAAGGACACCGAAAUCAUAUCAGCCCAAACUAAAAUCUGGUCAAAACUACGCAGACAUACCUCCAAUUAAAUUCAGUUAUAUUGUAUAUCCUUCUUUAAAUCAAUAACUCUUGCAAACCAAUAUUUAAAAUUUUUAAUUUAUAUUAAAUAAUUAAAUUAAUUGCUUUAGAUAAAGUUACAAUAAUAAAAUACGUAUUCUACA